CUUUCAGAAUCAUUUCAAUGUGAAUCCAUCAUCAAUAGUCAAGAUAAUACAUCCUUUAAAUAUUUAAGAUUAUAUGAAUGAUAAGAAAAAAAAAUUAAAAAUUACAAGAAUAGUAAAAGAUUUAUGCUUUGAUGACUCACCCAGAGGAAGUCAGAAAAAAAAAGUAACAUAGUAAAUUAAAUCAUGCUUGAAAUAUAAGUAUAAGAUAAAUAGAUUUCUCACAUUUAAUAAUUUAUAUCAAAGAACAGAUUAUGUUUUAGUAACAUUACAAGAAGAAAGUGGUGUUGAUCAAAUUUUAGAAAAAUGCAAUUUAAAUAAAUGGUAUGGAGUAAUAAUGGAUUAUUUUGGAUGUUGCCAUCAAUUACUCAAUUAUUUUAAUUAUGAUAAAUAAAAAUGGAAAUUUAUAAAUGAUUAACGAGUUUAUAUCAGGAGAGCACCAGAACCAUUAGAUAUAAUAUGGUAAAAUUUUAAUACCAGUCAUUCCGAAAAAAGAUGUAAGAGAUUAAUGGUUUUUAGUUUAAAUUUCUUUGUUGUACUUAUAGGAGCAUUCAUAGUCUAUGGAAUUUCAUAUACUUAGAACCAAGCAUAAAGUAGCAAUACAUUUUAUGUGAAAUAUUUAUUGUCAGGUUUAUGUGCUUUGGCUAUCUUGAUUAUUAAUUAAAUUUUAGAGAUGCUCAUAAAAAUUACAUCAAAAUAUGAGAAACAUACAACUUAUACAAAAGAGACUAGAAGUGUAAUGGUAACUCAAACAAUCAUGCAAUUCCUUAAGACAGCUUUAGUUCCUUUUGGAUUGUUUAUAUUUACUGAUUUUAUUUAGAAUAAUUUAACAGUCAGUCUAUUUUUUAUAUUUUUAGGCAAUUUACAAUUUAAUAAUUUUGCAAAUGUUAGAAAUAUUAGAUCCAUGAUAUGUUAUAA